CUUAUUGACACUUCAUUUUUAGUAGAUGUUCAAAAUUUUACUUGUGAAAUUCAAACUAAAAAUCAAAUACAAAGACUUGAUUUGAAUGUAAACGAGUAAAAUAGCCCACAAUUAUCGUCGUCGGUGAUCUUUCAAUUUCAAUUUCAAUUUCAAUUUCACGCGAUCUUCUUCUCAACUCGUUGAUGUAAAUUUAAAGUAACGUCAUAACAGGUGUUUGCAUUUUGGAGGGGGAGGGAAAUUAUAAACCAAAAAAAUCAAACCCCAUGUUCUUUCAUCAACUGUUUAACCAAGAAAUGAAGUAAUUCAAUUCUCUCCACCUUUGAUCAGAUUUUCAGUUUUGUUUUGCUAGCUUUAGUAUUCGAUUCAGCCGCCGCCGGAAGUUGAAUCGUGGUGGCCGUGACAGGACGCCCGAUCGUCAGAUCUAACAAUGCUUUCGCUUCCCGGAAUUUUAUAAUUAAGAGCGCAGAAAAGCGUUUUUGCACAUUUGAUAGUCAUAUAAAUACAUCGGACAUUCGAGGUUACUGUAUCAGGUCAUUGAUUGAGAGUUCGGUUUCAGAUGAUGAAAAACGGGACAAUCGAGUGCAGCUUUUGCCAUUCCAAAUUGGUAAAUCCAUCUUCAAAAUCGAUCUCAAGGGCUUAUGAUAGGCGUCAGAGUAAACUCUCAAAGAAGCAUCGAGCUCUUAAUGUUCUCUUGGUAGUUGGUGACUGUAUGUUAGUUGGAUUACAGCCGAUUUUGGUGUACAUGUGUAAGGUGGAUGGGAAGUUCAAUUUUAGCCCCAUUAGUGUGAAUUUUUUGACAGAAGUUGCAAAGGUUAUCUUUGCACUUGUUAUGCUUUUAAUACAGGCUAGAAAUCAGAAGGUUGGAGAGAAGCCACUUCUUUCAGUCUCCAAUUUUGUACAGGCAGCUCGCAACAAUGUGCUUCUUGCCAUUCCUGCCCUUCUCUAUGCUAUCAAUAAUUAUCUUAAGUUCACAAUGCAGCUGUAUUUUAAUCCUGCAACUGUGAAAAUGUUGAGCAAUCUCAAGGUUUUGGUAAUUGCUGUUUUGUUAAAGAUGAUUAUGAAGCGAAGAUUUUCCAUAAUUCAGUGGGAAGCUCUUGCUCUUUUGCUUAUUGGAAUUAGCAUAAAUCAAUUGAGUUCUUCACCUAAGGGAACUACUUCAAUGGGUGUUUCAAUAUCAAUGGGUGCAUAUAUUUGCACAUUUGUUUUUGUAACUGUUCCAUCAAUGGCAUCGGUCUUCAAUGAAUAUGCACUCAAGAGUCAAUAUGAUACAAGCAUUUAUCUUCAGAAUCUGUUCUUAUAUGGAUAUGGUGCAAUAUUCAACUUCCUAGGGAUCCUUGGAACUGUUGUAAUCAAAGGUCCUGAAAGCUUUGAUAUUCUUCACGGACAUUCAAAAGCCACCAUGUUCUUGAUAAUAAACAAUGCAGCACAAGGGGUAUUAUCGUCUUUUUUCUUCAAAUAUGCCGAUACAAUUUUGAAAAAAUAUUCCUCAACAGUUGCCACGAUCUUCACAGGCUUUGCAUCCGCAGCUUUAUUUGGACACACGCUUACUAUUAAUUUUAUUCUAGGAAUUUCCAUUGUUUUUAUAUCAAUGCAUCAGUUCUUUUCACCUCUUUCUAAAGUCAAAGAGGAAGAAGAUGGAGUGUUGAAGUUGGAAACAUUUAAGAAGAAUGAGAGCAGGUCAAGGGACUCGUCUUUUAUUAAUAUCGCAGCAGGGGCUAACGAUGAGGUUCUUCAUCGAGUUGGAUCUGAGGAAAGACAGCCACUUCUCCCUACUUGAAUUCAUAUAAAAAGUUUCUUGUUCAAAGUAUUUUUGUGGUGAGGAAGAAAAGAUAUAUGAAGAAAUAUAAUGAACGAUGAAAAUUGAAAUCCCAUUUAUUGUACCUUUUCAUGGGAUUUGAUUAGAAACUUGGUUUAUAGAGGUAAAAUACAAUAGUUUUCGAUUGAGAAAUAGUAAAAUAUCGGCUUUGUUUUGAGAAAAAUGUUUUGGCAGCAUGUUUGUCAUAUUUAUGAGUGUAAACUUUUUUUUUAAAUGUUAAUAGUUAAUAGGGAUAAGGUCAUAAUUAGUUACUAAAAUUUUAAAAAUGUGUUCAUUUGGUCAAUUUUUGUUUAUUUAUUAUUAUUUUUUGAAA